UUUCAUUUUAUCAGGCAAAAAUAAGGUGAGUUGACUCAGAACAUACAGGUAGAAUUUUUUUGCAUGGGUGUAUGUAAGUGUGUCUGUGUGUGUGUGUGUGUGUGUGUGUGUGUGUGUGUGUGUGCAUGUGUGAAUAAGUACAAGCGGAAGCCAGAGGUCCAACUCAGGUGUCCUUCCUGAGGAACAGUCUGCUAAUUUUUUUCCUGUGGUGGAGAUGGGUGAGGGCAUGAUGCAGUGGCCCUCUGUCGUGGCCAAAACGGAAACAAGGGGAGGCCAGGAGCCUACAGUACCUAGUUAUCUCAGGCAGUCUCCCAGCCAAAUAUUAACCAAUCCCUGCUUAGAUCAGAGGAGAUCUGUCGAGGUCAUGGUGAUACAGCAGUAGACUUUUUGAUUCUUUAUAGGUUUCACAUCAUACAUCCCGAUCCUAUCCGUCUCCCAGUUCCUUCAUAUCUGCCCACCACCCUUACAACCUCCCUAUUUUUAAAUUUUUUGAGACUGAGCGGUCCAGGGACCCACCUGUUCCCCCUCUCACCUCCUCCCACCCUCACCUUUGGGUUUAUAAGGGUGUGAUGCUGCCAUGCUUAGGUUUUUUUUAAUGGGUUCUGGGGAUCUAACUCAGGUUCUUACACUCAUUGAGUAAGGACUUUUAUCAUCUAAGCUAUCUCCCUAGCCCAUUUUUGGUUUGUAUAUAGCCCAGGCUGUUCCAGAACUCACGGCCAUUCUGCUGCCUCAGCCUUACUAGUGCUGGGAUUAUGAAGUGAGCUUUGCUCAUCCAGUAAAGAUUCAAAUACAAAGAAAUCCUGAACUGGGUGUGGUGGCACUGGGGAAGCAAAGACAGGAGGAUUGGUGCAGUUUUAAAGCCUGCUUGAUCUACAUAGCCAGUUCCAAGUCAUCUAGUGGGUACAUAGGGAGCUCCUGUCUCAGUCGGUCAGUUCUGGUAGGUAAAAGGUCAAACAUUUUCGAUUAAAACCUAUUUUUACCUCCAAGGUCAGUAGCACAUUUAGUAUUAAGGUACUUUUAAAAUUCAGUAUUAAAAGUGUUUUCUUUAAGCAAAUAUGGUAGUACAUAUCUAUAACCCCAGCUGGUGGGGGAUGAGGCCAGAGGAUCCAGGUUAGCCAGGGCUAUGUAGGGAAACCUUGUCUCCCAAUGUCUCAAAACAGAACAAAGCAACUGGGGGUGGGGGUUUUAAGUGUUUAUCAUUCUCCAGUAAUUCUCCGUCUAUUUUUUUUCUUCCACACCCUAAUCUCUUUCUUUCUAGUAGGGUUCCUGUUGCUGGCUACCCAGCCAUUACCAUCAUAAUACCAUUUAAGGUAGCUCAGCUGGAUCUAUUUAUUCACAGUCCUACAAUCUACUUUCUCUUUUAGCCUUGCUUCCUAAAUCAAGUUGACAACCCAGUUUAUUUUUCCUUCUUUUAUUUCAACAACUCCCGAUUUAGAUUGGUUAGGAGGCUAUAAUAUAAUCCGGGCACAACCUCUCCCCCUUGGAAUCUGUAUUUACGAGGCUUCCUCCUUUCCCGGUUGAACGUGCUGAAGCCGGGCAGAGUACCUUGUGAAGGACUUCAGCCCCCACAGUCCUCUGUGUGCGCAUGCCCACUCUUCUUACAGUUGUCAAAGUGCUUUUCCAGAGCGGUCACAUAAUCACUCCGAAAGAAGAAAUAAAUACUGUUCAUUUUUCAAUUUUAUCGAUCCUUAAAAACUGGACACUUAAAGCUGCGCAAACCAUGCAGGAUGAUUUACUGAUGGACAAAAGCAAAACCCAGCCCCAGUCUCAGCAGCAGCAGCGGCAGCAGCAGCAGCAACAGCUCCAGCCCGAGCCCGGCGCAGCCGAAGCCCCGUCCACGCCCCUCUCCUCAGAGACCCCCAAGCCCGAAGACAGUAGCGCAGUGCCGGCCAUCAGCCCCGCCUCGGCCCCGCCAGCCCCCAACGGCCCCGACAAGAUGCAGAUGGAGUCGCCGCUCCUGCCGGGCUUGAGUUUCCAUCAGCCCCCUCAGCAGCCGCCGCCGCCGCCGCAGGAGCCCGCGGCGCCCGGAGCGUCGCUGUCGCCGUCCUUUGGCAGCACCUGGUCCACUGGCACGACGAACGCGGUAGAGGACAGCUUCUUCCAGGGGAUCACCCCGGUCAACGGGACCAUGCUCUUCCAAAACUUCCCGCACCACGUCAACCCGGUCUUCGGAGGCACCUUCUCCCCGCAGAUCGGCCUGGCGCAGACCCAGCACCACCAGCAGCCGCCGCCGCCCGCGCCGCAGCCGCCGCAGCCCGCGCAGCCCCCGCAGGCGCAGCCCUCGCAGCAACGCCGCUCGCCCGCCAGCCCCAGCCAGGCGCCCUAUGCGCAGAGGAGCGCCGCCGCCUACGGCCACCAACCCAUCAUGACCAGCAAGCCGUCCUCAUCCUCGGCCGCUGCAGCCGCCGCUGCCGCGGCCGCCGCCUCCUCGGCCUCGUCCAGCUGGAACACGCACCAAAGCGUGAACGCCGCCUGGAGUGCCCCGUCCAACCCGUGGGGUGGCCUACAGGCUGGCCGGGACCCUCGCCGCGCUGUCGGCGUGGGCGUGGGCGUGGGUGUGGGGGUACCCUCCCCACUUAACCCCAUCUCGCCGCUCAAGAAGCCCUUCUCCAGCAAUGUGAUCGCGCCACCCAAGUUCCCUCGUGCGGCCCCGCUCACCUCCAAAUCCUGGAUGGAGGAUAACGCUUUCCGGACCGAUAAUGGUAACAAUCUGUUGCCUUUUCAGGACCGGAGUAGGCCCUAUGACACUUUUAACUUGCACUCCUUGGAGAACUCCUUAAUGGAUAUGAUAAGGACUGAUCAUGAGCCUCUGAAAGGUAAACACUACCCUCCCAGUGGCCCACCAAUGAGUUUCGCUGAUAUAAUGUGGAGGAAUCAUUUUGCAGGACGCAUGGGAAUAAAUUUCCAUCAUCCAGGAACAGAUAACAUUAUGGCACUGAACAGUCGGUCUUCUCUCUUUCCCUUUGAAGACGCCUUCUUGGAUGACAGCCAUGGCGAUCAGGCUUUAUCAUCUGGCUUAAGUUCUCCCACUCGAUGUCAAAAUGGGGAACGAGUGGAACGCUACUCUAGAAAGGUGUUUGUUGGAGGCCUUCCUCCUGACAUCGAUGAAGAUGAGAUCACUGCCAGCUUCCGCAGGUUUGGACCUCUCGUGGUAGACUGGCCUCAUAAAGCAGAGAGCAAGUCGUACUUCCCUCCUAAAGGCUAUGCCUUCCUGCUGUUCCAGGAAGAGAGCUCAGUGCAAGCUUUGAUAGAUGCCUGCCUAGAAGAGGAUGGGAAACUGUACCUGUGUGUGUCCAGCCCCACUAUCAAGGAUAAACCGGUGCAAAUUCGACCGUGGAACCUAAGUGACAGUGACUUUGUAAUGGAUGGUUCUCAGCCUUUGGACCCCAGAAAAACUAUCUUUGUUGGGGGAGUUCCACGACCCCUUCGAGCUGUUGAACUCGCAAUGAUAAUGGACCGUUUGUAUGGUGGUGUUUGCUAUGCUGGCAUUGAUACAGAUCCAGAGCUGAAGUACCCCAAAGGUGCUGGGCGUGUUGCGUUCUCCAAUCAGCAGAGCUACAUUGCAGCCAUCAGUGCACGUUUUGUGCAGCUUCAACACAAUGACAUUGACAAACGGGUGGAAGUGAAACCAUAUGUGCUGGAUGAUCAGAUGUGUGACGAGUGCCAGGGCACGCGCUGCGGUGGGAAGUUUGCCCCGUUCUUCUGUGCCAACGUCACCUGUCUGCAGUACUACUGUGAAUACUGCUGGGCCAGCAUCCACUCCCGAGCCGGCCGAGAGUUCCACAAACCGCUGGUGAAGGAGGGGGGCGACCGCCCUCGGCACGUCCCGUUCCGCUGGAGCUGAACCCCGGGCGACCCAGCUACAAGUACUGGAGUAGAUCACAAGGAGGAAGAGAGGGCACUGCCUCAGGGCUCACGGUGUUCUGGAAAUCUGUGCAUUCGUUCUCGAUUUUUAAAGAAGAAAUGGGUCUUUUUAUUAUUAUUAUUAUCAUUUACAGUCAUAUUACUGAACUCAGCGUCCAGUAUAAUGCAGAAUCGCAGAGUGUGUAACGGUACCCAUUUGCACUUUGACUCACAACUUGUCUGCUUGGUACCUUGAUUUCUUACACCUGAUCUGUCACCUCCACAGUACGUAGACUGCCAUUCUCAUCAGCGGCCGUCAGGCUGACGUCUGUGACUCUUUGUUUGAUGUUGUGGUGUUGUGGCUCUGAUUGGUUUUACUGGAGCAUGCACUUAUUUUCAGAAACGUAGAGAGUCGCCCCUAGGACAAGACUUACCAAAGGUCACACGUGUAAGUAGAGGCCGAUGUAGCAAACACUUUACAAUCAGCAGUCAGUAGUGGGGGUCGCGUAGAGUAAGGAUAGCCCUUCAUGAAAAUAAGUCUGUAGCCGCUCUGUACAUGUACAGAUACCUCACAAGCUGGGUCUUUCAUUUUCCUUCAUGUUUGAGUUUUGUUUGGCUGAGGAUUUGGGUUAGAUCUUUUAGUGUUAUGUAAAUUUAUGCUGCAAUAGCUUUUGCUGCUAUUAAAAUGGUAUUGUGGAUACCAUAAUACUCUAUUCAGGCUAAGGUAUCAAUUAACAACAAAAACAAGAACCCAACACACACUUUUGUGGUUUAGGGAUAGAGCCAGCUGCCGGAAGGAGAGGAGAAGAGACCAGAGAGAGCCAGCAGAGGCCGCCGUUCCUGACUGCAUGUUUACCUAAUGCGGUUGCUGCAUGCAAUAAAUUUUAUAUCCAAUGUCUAGUAUAAAACCUUCCCACAAUGCACAAAUUAAGAAUCUAUAUAAGCUAUAAAAUACUCAUUUUUUUAAAUGAUUUUUUUUUCAUUCAAAGAAUUGGUAAUCGGUGGGAGGAAGGCAUGCCUCAAUGGGUGGAAUGCUUGUGGACAGGAAGAGCCCAUAUCAGGCCGACCAUUAUUCAAACCAAUAGAAAACCUAGUGUAGGAUACUCUUUUGGCAAAUCUGUGGACGGUGGAUGAAGUACUUGCGGUGCUCUGUUCUACAUUGUGCAAUUUCUUUUCUAUAGUGAAGUGAUUAUGUCUAACUGUGAUCCAAUGUAACUGUUAAAAGCCUCUGUGUCAGACAUUAUGAACUUGACCAUUCAUAACUGGUAUAUUAUUAAGUAACACAUGAGCUCUGAGAUAUGACCUCCUAGUGCUCACACCACUCUACAUAGCUUCAGACCUUGUCCAGAAAGCCAAAGAGCUCAUCUUAGCUUACAAACACUAAGACUAUACACAAUAUCUAGAGAUAAGUUGUCAGAUUGACACUGACGCACAUCGUUAAGAAAGCCACGUAAGGGUGACGCUAAAGAAAUGGCUGUACCAAGAUGGCCUGGGCAGACGCGGCCUUCCGUGCGAGACACUAACUACUAGUUCCCUGGAUUCACCCUGUGAAGCUUGAAUAGGAUGGAGCCCUGCUCAUGCUACCGUGGACAUUCUUUUAGCAUUCACUCCUGGGCUGUGGAGAGUACUAGGAAGAGCAAGCACGGUGAUUGCAAGACUGUAAGCUUUUUAACCCUCCGUCCUUGUCUUGAAUUCUGGGGACAAUCUGACCGGAUGCACACUGCAGAGUAGGUUUGUCACUGAGUCUUUUGUGCUGUGGUCUCCUUGUACCGUCUGGAAGUUAGUGUGACUUGGUUUUUUUUAGUUGUAGUUGGUUCUUUUUGUCUCUCUAGUGUUUAGUUGUGAAUACUGGCUCUCCAGCUACAGUUUGUUUUCAAAAAAGGAGAAACAAAAUAGUUUUUUACUGAAUUAAAAGAUGCCUAUUAGAUCCCUCCCCCUUGGGGGUUUUCUCUGGGCCUUUUGGGAAUCAUUGCUUUUCUGCGGCCCAGGUGUGGUUUGGUUUGGUUUUGUUUUUUCCUUUUUUUUUUUUUCUAUGUUUGUGUUUUAUUUUUUUCAUCUGUAUGGGAAAUUUUGUUACGCACUACUACUUUUUAUAUUCUAGAACGUUUUCAAAAGUUGGCUGAUGAUUUUUGUUUGUUUGUUUUUAAGGAAAAAGGCAUGCUUUCUGACUGACCUGAUCUUUUGCAAUACCUCAAUUUUGAAAUAUAGGAAAGAAAAAUGAUAUUUUCUAAGUAAGUUUAUUCAGAAAAUAUAUAUUAAUUUAAUUCUGCAAGAAAAUGAUUUAACAGAUGGGUAACUUUAUUUUUUUCAUGCUUAUUUGUGUUUUUUGAAAAUGAAGAAGUUAGAGCUUUAUAACUAUAAUAUUAAAGAUCAUAUCUAACCUACAGAAAUCUACCUAAUUAUGUGAAAGAUGCAGAUGUUUGGAAGAAGCACCCCUCUUUCAUGUACUAAAAUAACCCUGAGCUCUAGAGAAGCCGGAAGACUGUGCAGCGUAAACUAACGCGGAGGCCACAGUGUCGUGGAGACCAGGUUGUAAGAGAGACUCCAUUUGGUGCUGAGAGCUGUGACUAGGUGAUGGAAACUACUUUCCCUUAAUUUGUAUAUUUAUAAUCAAGUGUUGAUUGUGCGACUGACCAGGAUUGUGAAAGAGUUCUUCUGUUUGUAUUUUUUUAAAGAGAACUUUUUUAGUUUAUUAAAUUAUAACAUGUUCCCGUUUGUUUUUGUAAAUAAAUGUGCCCCUCCCCUCAAGUUCUUAAUGUUAUAUUAAAAGAGAGGGUCCUUCAAAAAAGUUAUUUUUUAAAACACAGAGGUGUUCUGCCCUGCAACUUGACUGGGAAGCCCCUGGUAACACAGGUCCUGCCGUGGCCUUUCCUUGAUGGGACACUUGAACUAGUGGAUUUUUUGAAGGCUGUAACUAACCUCGAUUCUUUGUUGUUACGUGCAAUACUGUUUGUACUGUUUGUAUAAAAAAUAGAAAAAAAAGAAAAGAAAAAAGGCAUAAAUCUUUAUUGCAGAUUUAUUUUCAUUGCAGACUUUAGACAUUGUGACUCACAGAACUCAUUUUCUACUGUCAAAAACGUACCUUUUCCUCAUGCUGGUAUUUUUUCAAUAGUAACGUAGCCUUUGUACUGAGACAAAUUUUCAUUGUUAUUUUUAGAAAGAUUUUUUGCUAAGAAAAAAAUUAAACAUAUUUACAUAUUUUUCAUUUUAUUUCGUAUUUUCUUUAAGGAGUGCUUUCUCAAUCAUUACUAGAGUUGUUUCUGGGAGGGACUUUCAUAUCUGGUCAACGUCAUAAUAUUAUUUUGUAUUUUUACUUGGAAUAAAUUAAUUUUAUGAUGCUAAUUCUUUAAAAGUUUAUUUUUUUCAUUUUCAGUUAUUUUUGAAGCUAAAACCUUUGUAAUAUUGUUACUAAAGUGUCUAGUUUUUUGAAAUGCAAAGCUUUAUGUAUUAACUUGCUGAUGUGGUUUACAGUAAUGGCAAUGAUGGAAACGGAUGGUUCUGUAAAGUGACUGGGACUGGGACGGACAGUUGGGUAAUAAACGACAGUGAGCAGAACGUGCGGGAUCUUGACAAGCCUUUUCCUUUAUCACAGUGGCUUAGUGUGAGACUAGGGAUGAUGUCACAGGACAGACAGGUCUCUAAGGAUGUCACAGUGGGUUUAUACAACACCAGAUGCAGUAAAACCUGUCGUCUGAUAAUGAAGUCAGCCCUCCUGAACCAGCACGGGGUAUGCAGCCAACCUUGGCCAGCAGCAUCCAGUGCUUUCCCUAAAACUCCUCUUUAUGUCCAGCGUGUGUGUGUGUGUGUGUGUGUGUGUGUGUGUGUGUGCGUGUGUGUGUGUGUGUGUGUGUGUGUGUGUGUGUGUCCGUCCCCCACCAACUGCUGUCCAUGUGUGAGCCGGUGCCUUUCCCUCCCGAUCUUACUCGCAUGCACAGUGGUGACAUGUGUGAGAAGACCCCACCUUGUACGUUGCAUGACUUGAAUGCCUCACCUGACUUGUCCCUGGAAGGGCUGGCGGCAGGCCCUGGGGAAGCACACUCUGUCACCACGCUAUGUCACCACUGUUCAUGCCUCAGCUGCAUCUCCCCCACUCCGCUGUUCUCUGUGAUGGCGCCCGCCCGCCCCUUGUUUGCCUCUUCUCGUGGUAACACUGGGCUACUCUGUGCAUGAUCUGUCUGCCUUCCUGCUGCUGCUGCUGCUGCUGCUGCUGCUGCUGCUUCAGCCCGCCCCCCCCCAUCCGCACCCCCAGCCCCGCCCCCAGCCUCGGGAGGGCAUCCACAGUUACUGCAGAGACAUCUCCCAGUGACAGAGCUGGUGUUGUGUAAACGGCACAUCCGGGGACUCCUCUAGACAGAUGGUGCAUUUCUGCUAGUUGUCGGUGGCCUCUUCUAGUUCUGUUGAAGUGGCGAGGAGGUUGAUCAAUAACUGGGAUAAGUAAGCGUGUGUCCAGAGUCGGCUCUUGGGUUCGCUCUAUGUAUUCAGUUUUGUAAAUAAUAUAUAGAUUAGAUCAAGUUGUGAUGUAAAAUUUUAACUCAAAUUGGGUCCUAUUGGUUGGAAUUUUACAUUAACUACAAAUAAAUGAUUAGGAACAGAAGAAAUUGGGAAAAUUCUUGUUUAGUGGUAUAAAGAUUAUGCUUAGAUUUCUGCCUAUAUCUUGUGUUUUAUAGCUUGUUAGUGAGGCAUGGGCUGAUGCAGUGUACUGCAUUUAUGCAAUUAGCAAAUAACUGCUAGUUUUCAUUUUAUCUAUUAUAUUAGCAACAAAGUGGCAUUUAACUGGGUAAAGCUCCUACCUAAAUAUUUGAGUAUUGUGACAUCUCAGCUUGCAAGGUUUGAAUGAAAGGUUAGUCACAGAUUAGUGAAAAAAAAAAGUGUCUUUUUGUUAAAACUGGCUUAUUUGUAUGGAUCACUCCUCUAUCGCUAGUUUGUAUGCUGUGUCUGAUAACAUUUUUUUUUUCUUUUAUAAUAACCAAACUUGUCAAACUCAGCUGCCAUAGUGUUCCAUUCUCACCACAGAGUAUUUUAUAAUUGAUGCUGUUGACUUAAUACCCCCGGAUGGGUCAAGAAGUGGACCAUGAGUCCAGAGCUGUUGACUUGUGUGGAUAUAGCAGUUCGCUGGGACCAGUAGAGAGCUUGGGUGCUAGUACAGGGGACGCUCCUGGACAGAGUGCUGUCGGGGUAUAAAGGAUUAGGUAUUUGUAUUUUUGCUGUCAAAAUGAUGGACAUGACUUUUAGAGUGUUCACAGCUAAGAUCUCUGUAUUUGUUUUUCAACUAACAACUAAUUUUAACUGGACUGUAUCUUUUCCUACCUGUUCUCUUGGAUUGUGUUCGCUGGUAAACCCUCCCUCUGCCCUGGGGCUUGGACUAAUACUGCUUGUACGGAUUCGCUACUGUGACUGAACGUGGAGCUCAUGCAGCUUAACUGCUUAAACUUUGUAGUUUGGACUUUUUUCUGUAAUAACAACUUAUUAAAUCUAGUUGUACGAAG